GCAGACUUUACACACUGAUUCAGCUGGAAGCAGUCCUGAGACAAUGGUUUACACAGGAAAAAAACCCAUCACAGAAAGUCAUGGACAGGAGGGUCAUGUUGUUGAAGCAAUGAUGGGGAUCAACUUAUAUGUCAGCUUUCCUUUGACCAUACUGAUCAUCUACUGUGUGUCUUAUGUGGUGCAGAAGAGUCAGGUCCCUAUCAUCUAUUACACAAAUCUCCUCAUCACCAAUGUAAUCCAGAUCUGUAUGAUGACCAUGUGGGUGACAAGAGUGGAAAGCAUCAUCACUGUCAUUAUUUAUUACUGUGUUAUGAUGGCCAACCUUUACUUCAGGAUGUGCAUUGCUCUGGAAAGGUAUUUUUCCAUCACAUACCCACUGCUGGACUGUCUCAGAAACACUAAGAGUUCUGUGCUGGUCUGUGUUCUGGUCUGGGCUUUUUGUUGUGUCAGUGUCCCUCUUGCCAUAGUCUUAGAUGAAUUUCAACGUUUAAUUAUUUAUGCUGCCCUCCCUGGCCCCCUGUUCAUGUUCUGCUUAGCUCGGACCUUCAGAGCCCUGCAUGCUGCCACCUCAAUGUCCAUGGAGGAGAAACAGAGAAGUCUAGACAUUUUGAUUCUGUUGUUCUUAAACUACUUUUUAGGAACCCUUCCCACAGUGCUCUUGGAUAUUCUAGUUAUUCAAAGCUACAUCAGCUGGAUCUUCUUUCUGUUUGUUCCUUUGGUGUUAUUGUUUUUUUUCAUCCUCUAUGCAUGUGUGAGGUGUGUGAACAGCACUGCAUCAGAUGAAGAAGUUGAUGAUGAGUGUGAGUCAUGUUAGCACGGACAGGAGUGUUGAUGAAAACAGAGUCAAGAGAGAGAAACAAGGAUGCAAAUUGUUGAAGAGUUUCUGCAAAAUGAGGCAAAAAACAUCCUUCACAAAUACUGUUGCACAAGGACAUCAGACUGUCAGCUGUGCUGAAGCUGAAGUGUGUCUGUGUAAAUUAUUUUAAAAUUGUUUUAUAAUCUGCUAUGAUUCUUGCUGCCUUAUUUAAGCUCUGGGAAGCAUUUUCAGAUACAAAUACAGCAGAAGACUGAGAAAUUAUUUUACCUUUAUGCUUUCAACUGAACCCACUGAACUUCGCCAAGCUUGCUGCUUCCGUCAUAAUUUAAGUAGUCCAAUGAAAGAAUAGAAACAAACUCUGCUGCUCAUUGAUUUGCCAACGUAGAGCUUGUGUAGUUUUAAAUUCAAAGACACUCAGGGCAAUUAAAGAAAAUGUCAUCAAAUGAUUAAUUUAACUUUUACUAAAUCGAGCUAAACCAAAUAUUAAAUAUAUUUAAAAAAUUUGGGUUGGCUUAAGGUUGGUGGUUUGCUCUCUGGGUGAAUGAGGCAUGUUGUGUAAAGCGCUCAGAGUACUCAGAGUAAAAAAGUGCUAUAUAAGAACCAGUCCAUAUGUUGGACUGCUUUCUUCCAUUUGCGCAACAUCUCUAAAAUUAAAAAUAUCCUGUCUCAGAGUGACGCU